AUGGCGACGACAGGGCAGGGUCCGCCGGACCCGGGCCGCGGCCGCUCACAAGGCAGCCCAGUUACGACGACAACCACACCAAAUAUUUACCAAGAGAAGGAAGAUGCUACGCCUCGCCGAGACGACGAACGAGGCGAGGCCAAUGAGGCCACAGACGAUGUGAAAAGGACCGCCACGACGCGUAGUGACAGAAGAGGUAGUGCUGUCGACGCGCCGGGAGAGGAAAAGAAGCCCAACUGGUUCAAGGGCGUUGCUGCAAAGCUUGGUCUCGAUGUGCCUACUGUCGCUACCAUGUUCAAAGGCUCACUGCCACCAACAAUAGCCAUCGCCAUGUUGCAGUCCCGCCCCGUGGCGCUCUACUUCUCAACACUCGGCUACCUCAUCCCCGUCAUCAGCGUGAUUGCCAUGGCCAUCAUGCCCCGAGGCAAAUUUCUCAUGAACCUCCUGCUGAACGCGAUCGCCGUGUGCGUCGGCUCUGCCGUAUCCAUGCUGGCCCUUUGGUCUGCCGUCCAGGCCCGCCAGAACACAGCCCAGCCCGGCGCGCUACCAACGGCAUACAACUCGAGCCAAUCGGCUGUGUGUGCCAUCUGGCUGUUCGCGAAUAUCUGGUUCGGCAACGUCGUGCGUGCCAAGCUGCCCGCGUUCAACCUCCCCAUCAUCACGUACAGCAUCCUGGUCAAUGUGGCCGCUACCUUUGGGCCCAUCAUGACGACGGUGCCGGCCGCGCGCCUCUUUGUUCAACAGCUUAUGACGGCCAUGUUGGCUGCUCUGGCCAUAGCCACGGGUGUCAAUCUCUUCAUAUUCCCCGUCAGCAGCCGACUGGUGCUGUUCAAGGAGCUCGCUGGUGGGGUUGGGCUGCUCAGGCAGCUCAUUGCCCAGCAGAAGGUCUAUCUUGCGAGCCUUGAGCCAGAUGCAACUUUCAACGCCGCCAUGCAGACCGAGACGUUCCAAGCGAAGGGAGACGGCGAGGAAAAUGAGGAAGGGGAAGAGAAGCCGAGUAAGGAGAGGGAGGCGGCCAAGGUGCUGGAAGAGACGGGGGCGAAGCUGAGAGAACUAGCGGGGAAAAUGCACGCCGAUCUACCCUUUGCGAAGCGCGACAUCGCAUGGGGAAAGCUGGAUGCCAAGGACCUGAGCGAGAUGUACAAGUUGUUCCGCAACGUUUACAUUCCUGUGUUCGGGAUGAACACCAUCAUCGACAUUUUCCAACGCUUCUCCGCGCGUCCAGAGUGGGAGAGCACCGAUGACGCAAACGACAGCAAGGAUAUAGAGCGCCACGUGUGGAAUGAGGUUAUGAAGCAGGUGCAAGAGCCGUUGGACAUCCUCGCCGAGGCAGUCGACCAGGGACUUGAGCACGCCGCCAUGUGUCUUGAGCUACUCAAGCGACCCAAGAAGCUGACAGCAAAAGGGGCCACGCAGGAAUCAUCUAACCCCCCCGACAUUGAUUUGGAAGCCGCCGAGGAACCAAAGCCCGGCGACCCAGAGUUCGCCCGGGUGCUGGAUGACAAGAUUCAAGUCUUUUACUCGAGAAAGGGGGAACUCCUACGCAAGUGGGUGCAAGAAAGGGGCGUGCUCUUUGAUGACCACACGGCCGAAAACCCGCACUUUAAUAGCGAACGCGACCAGGUACAGCUCUACAUCAUCUUGUACAUGGAGAACCUCAUGCACGCCUCGGGAGAGGCGGUCCAGGACCUCGUCGACUUUGCCGAUGAGAAGGUCGAGGACGGCACCAUGGCGAAGAAGCGCUUCAUCGCCCCGACGGUGCAUCGCCUGCGCAAGUGGCUCCAGGCCGUCUUCGGCCACGAGGACUCAUCACCUGACCAGACACCCGACGUUCUCGAGACGGGCGCGAACCUGGUGCACUUCGGGAAUGAAUACAACCGCAAGAAGAACCCGGAGCGGCUGCCGCCUGAGACCGCGUGGGAACGAUUUGGCGAUGGGCUGCGCAAGAUUCCCAAGUUUUUCGGUUCCGAGGAGUCAGCGUUUGGGUUCCGGGUUGCGUGUGCGACCAUGACGAUCGGGAUUGUAGCGUUUCUGGAAGAGACGCAGCGCUUUUUUAUUGAGCAGCGGUUGGUGUGGGCUAUGAUCAUCAUCGCUAUCGGAACCUCCGGUCAGUCCAUCUUUGGCCUUCUCUGCAGGAUAGGGGGCACUGUCGCCGCCAUGUGCUUUGCCCUUGUGAUUUGGUACAUUGUCGACGAAAAGUCAGCUGGGGUCAUUGUCUUCCUCUGGAUCUCCGUCUUCAUCAACUAUUAUUUCUUCAUCAAGUUUCCGCGGUUCCUCCCUGCGGUCCUGAUAUGCGUCAUCACCCAGGUCCUCAUCAUCGGCUACGAGCUGCAGGUGCGGACUAUUGGUCUUGCGGCCGCACAGAGGACUGGCCAGCCUUAUUAUCCCUCCACGCUGCGGUCCAACGUUCACCGCACAGCCGGCGAUGUCAACGUCCCCGGCACGCCCGGCUACCAGCUCUACAAGGUCGGCCGCAAGAUUUUCGGCAAGGUCAUGAUGCUUAUACCGUCCAUGUCGCAGCACUCGGAGUGGCAGAAAUGGGAGCCCACCAUUGGUGGCAAGUUCCCGCGCGCCGCGUACGACGACAUUAUCAUGCGCAGUACCCGUAUCCUAGCCUACCUCACACUCACUAGCUACACCCUGAUGCACCCCACCCACGUCCGCCUCAACCACGACGGCGACGGUGACGGCGACGACGUACCGGGGUCAAAAUCCCAGCGCCAACAACGUCGUCGCCCACAGCUCCGCGGCGCCUCAUUGUCUCUGCACACCCGCUCCCGUGCGCCGUCGGUGUCCUCCACGCACCGCGAGUGGCUCGACGCGCUGAGCGAGGUUCUCGACGUACUCAAGCCGACCCACCACACCAUCCUGUCGGCGCUUACCCUACUAUCAAACGCGUUGCUCUCGGGCCAGAGCCUGCCCCCGUUCUUACCGCUGCCCCGGCCGUAUGAGAUGACGAGACAGUUGAUGCGGAUCCAUAGAGAUGCGUUUGAGCCGGGAGGGGAAGACCAAAUGAGGAGAUAUUCCGACGCCGGUGUACUAUUAGAGGAAAGGGAGGGUGACUACGAUGCUAUUGAUGAGAACGACGAUCACAGCGAUGACGAUAUCGCCGACGGCGGGCCAAUCCGCAUGGUUGACUCGCGCACCGGACGCGACGACUACUUGCCCGGAGGCGGGACAACACGCCGACGAAGGGGGUCAGCGCUUCCCUCCAGACAGAGGCAACGGUCAGCGACCCGUCCGGCCCGCCCAGCCCCCAUGCGCCGCCGAGUAACCACCCGCCGCGACCAGGCCGUGGCUGACAUCCUCGACCCGCGCAACAUGGAGCAGCCGGGGUACGCCGAGUUUGCGGUGCUGCAGAUUUGCACGACGCUGGUGUGUGAUGACUUGGAAGGGUUGGUUAGGGCUGUGAGCGGGUUGGUUGGGGUGGUGGAUUUCAGUUUUAAGGUUGGAGGGGAAAGUGAUUCGAGUUUGGAUUUGGGGAAGGCUGGUGAGAAGGGGAGAGGGAAGAAGAAGGCCCUGUAG